GUUCGGAUCUUGCCGUGUGUCGAGCUCGCCGUACAUGACGGUGAGGAGUGCAUAGUUCACUGUUCACCAUCAACCAUGUCAACUAUCCCGGCUCGUCUUGCACGGGUGGCUACUCGAUCAAAUACGCCUGAAGACGCUCGAAAGAAAGUUAUUAAAUUGUACAGGGACUGGUACCGUGGGGCACCGGAAAUCUGCACCCUGUACUCCUUGAACGUGACACCGGCCUACAUUCGCCAUUCUAUCCGACAGAUAUUUGAAGAGAACCGGCACGUCAACGACAUUCGCGUGGUCGACCAGUUGGUUCAGAAGGGACGGCAAGAUUACCAGGAGACGAUGAACUGUUGGAAGCAGAAUGACCAUAUCAUGGGUAUCUUGUUGCAGCCACGAGGGAGACCCCCGCGGACGUUCAUGCAGAAGUUCCUAGAAGGUCGAGACGAGGAUCAAGUGUUGCCUGCGGCAACCGGUAUCCUCUAUCCUAAUGCUCCAUGAUAUGCUUUACUGCUAUUCGUGUUAUUCCAUCACGUCACC